CGAGCCAGCAGCUCUCUGAAGACACAAUUCCUAAAGCUACCACAUUUGUGAACUUUACUCCUUGAACACAUUUGUGGAUGUCACUGAAUAGAAUCAAUGACCUCAACCAAGUGGGCCUAUGUCCAGUAAGUUCCAAUAUCUGACUCUCAUCUGGGACUCUCCCAUCAUGCAAGUGGACUGAUCUAACUCCUACCAUUUUUAAUAGGAGUUGGACUGAGCCCCAAGAGAAAACUGACUCCAACCCUUCAUAUGUGAAAAGGAUAUUUGAAGAGCGAUAGCUAUAACAAGGUCUCCAGGGAACCCGCUCCAGGGGGCCAGCAGGAAGAAAGAGGAAGACGAGGGGCAGGAGGACUCCGCUGCCCCUUCCCUCCAGACCCUGCCAGGGAUCACUGGACAGCUCCCCGCGGCCACUGGCAGGGCCUCGUUUGUGCUCUUACCGUCCCAGGGCCAGGCCUCACCUACUGCCACCUUUCCAGUGCAGCUGAAGACGGGGACAGGAAGAAGCUGGGCACAAAGCCCGAUGUUUCGGAAAAAGCGUAAAUGUGACGUCAUGCCCGUUGUUUUGGUUCGCCCGACCAAUCGGACUCGCCGGCUGGAUUCUACGAGCGCCGGGAUGGGCCCUUCGUGGCGGCGGCAGGACUCGCCGCUGCCGACCAUAACGCAUUGCGCAGGGUGCACCACCGCCUGGUCCUCCUGCAGCUUUAACAGCUCUGACAUGGAAACGCCGCUGCAGUUCCAGCCGGGCUUCUGCUCAGAGCAGCAGCAGCGCCCGCGCCUGCAUUGCCAGCAGCAGCAGCAACCGCCGCCACCGGGCCAGGACAAGCAGAGCCUGCUCCAGCAGCACAGCCCAUGCCUCCAGUGCAACAACUGCACCUACUCCGGGGCUGCGGCGGGGGAUAACCUGCCUCUGCUGCUCCGCACUUCCUCGCCCCUGUCGGGCGCUUUCAGGACCCACUCCUCGCCGCUCUCCUCCUCCGCCGCCUCCUCCAGGCAGGGCAGCCAGCUGAACGUGAGCGAGCUCACCCCCUCCAGCCAUGCCGGUUCGUCCAGGCAGCCCCACCACCACCAGUACCACCACCAUCACCACCACCCCCAGUACCACCAGUGCCAUAGCCUGCAGCAGCAGGCAGCCAGCCCCAGCAGCAGUGUCAGCAGCGGCAGCACCCACCACCACCAGCAGCCCCACCAGCGCCGGGAGAGCAACCCCUUCACCGAAAUAGCCAUGAGCAGCUGCAGGUACAACGGCGGCGUCAUGCGGCCGCUCAGCCACCUGAGCUCGUCCCGCAGGAACCUGCAGGAACUGGACUCCGAGUCCCAGCCGCUGCAGCCGCCGCUCUCCAGCCCCGGCGCCGCCGCCGCCUCAGCCCCGGAGAUCGUGGUGUCCAAGCCGGAGCACAACAACUCCAACAACCUGGCGCUGCACGGUCCUGGCCCCGGGGGCAGCGUGGGGGGCAGCAGCCAGAACAACAGCGGCAGCAAGUCCAGCAAGAAGAAAAACCAGAACAUCGGCUACAAGCUGGGGCACCGCCGCGCGCUCUUCGAGAAGCGCAAGCGGCUCAGCGACUACGCGCUCAUCUUCGGCAUGUUCGGCAUCGUGGUGAUGGUCAUCGAGACCGAGCUGUCCUGGGGCGCCUACACCAAGGAGUCGCUGUAUUCAUUAGCUCUAAAAUGCCUUAUUAGCCUCUCCACGAUUAUUCUGCUUGGUCUUAUUAUUGUGUACCACGCAAGGGAAAUUCAGUUGUUCAUGGUGGACAACGGAGCAGAUGACUGGAGAAUAGCCAUGACUUACGAGCGUAUUUUCUUCAUGUGCUUGGAAAUACUGGUGUGUGCUAUACAUCCCAUACCUGGGAACUAUACAUUCACAUGGACAGCCCGGCUUGCCUUCUCCUAUACUCCAUCCACAACAACAGCUGAUGUGGAUAUUAUUUUAUCUAUACCAAUGUUCUUAAGACUAUAUCUUAUUGCCAGAGUUAUGCUUUUGCAUAGCAAACUUUUCACAGAUGCCUCAUCUAGAAGCAUUGGAGCGCUAAAUAAGAUAAACUUCAAUACACGUUUUGUUAUGAAGACUUUAAUGACAAUAUGUCCGGGAACUGUACUGUUGGUUUUUAGUAUCUCAUUAUGGAUAAUUGCUGCAUGGACUGUCCGAGCUUGUGAAAGGUACCACGAUCAACAGGAUGUUACUAGCAACUUUCUUGGAGCUAUGUGGUUGAUUUCAAUAACUUUCCUAUCCAUUGGAUAUGGUGACAUGGUACCUAAUACAUACUGUGGGAAAGGAGUCUGUUUGCUUACUGGAAUAAUGGGUGCAGGGUGCACUGCGCUGGUGGUAGCUGUGGUUGCAAGGAAGUUAGAACUUACCAAAGCUGAAAAACAUGUGCAUAAUUUCAUGAUGGAUACCCAGCUAACUAAAAGAGUGAAAAAUGCAGCUGCCAAUGUACUCAGGGAAACAUGGUUAAUUUAUAAAAAUACAAAGCUGGUUAAAAAGAUAGACCAUGCAAAAGUAAGGAAACAUCAACGCAAAUUCUUGCAAGCUAUUCAUCAAUUACGAAGUGUAAAAAUGGAGCAAAGGAAACUGAACGAUCAAGCAAACACUUUGGUGGACCUGGCAAAGACUCAAAACAUCAUGUACGACCUGAUUUCUGACUUAAAUGAAAGAAGUGAAGAUUUUGAGAAGAGGAUUGUUACUCUGGAAACUAAACUGGAAACCUUAAUUGGUAGCAUUCAAGCUCUCCCAGGACUGAUUAGCCAGACAAUCAGCCAACAACAGAGGGAUUUUCUUGAAGCUCAGAUACAAAAUUAUGACAAGCAUGUUGCCUACAGUGCUGAGAGAUCACGAUCUUUGUCGAGACGGAGAUCCUCCUCCACAGCACCACCGACUUCGUCAGAGAGUAGCUAGAAGAGAAUACGUUAACCCCAAAAUAAAGACUUUUUGCCAUCAUAUGGUCGAUAUUUUAGCUUUUAUUGUAAAGCCCUAUGAUUCUAAUCAGUGUUAUCUUGGUUCUGAUGUCAGAAUCCUGGAAACCUGAACACAAAGUUUUAGGCCAAAAUGAGUGAGAACUUUUUUUUUUCCUGUCAGAUGCACAGUGAAUGCACCUAUUAUUGCUAUAUAGAUUAUUCCUCCUGUAAUUUCACUAACUUUUUAUUCAUGCACUUCAAACAAACUUUACUAUUACAGUA